GACCUGUUCACCUGUGUCCCCUUGUCCUCCAGCUAUGGCAGAGUUAGACCUGAGUCUAAGCGAUGCGCUGACCGACAGCCCCCCGCAGCCUGGCAUUGAGAGCAAGGUGGAGAGGGACUUCAUGGCCCAGCUGGAGGCGGAGGCGUUCGACGACCAGGUGAAGGAGACAGUGGGGAAGACGGACUACAUCCCCCUGCUGGACAACGACGACACGCGGGCAGACGCUGGGGCUGCUUUGGAGAAUGGAGAGCAGGAGGCUCAUGGGGUUCAAAAGCCUGAGGACUAAAACUCUUCUCCAUCGGCCCGAUGACUGCCUGUCGGCUCCGCUUCUGCUUCUGUGCACCUCCCCUCCUCUCUUCCUGUGCAGAACAGACCCACACACACACACACACACACACACACACACACACACACACACACACACUAGUUGUCUGAUACACGCCUCCUUCAUGCUGCAGAAUGGGGAAGGUCUGAGGAUGAGGGGCAGGAUUUUGUAGUUGGACUGAGUUCUGUACGCUGAGUUCCACCAAAUACUGCUGCGACGCAAUCCGGUUCCCUCCGCUGGGCCAGACUAAUCAGCCCUCGGCACUCUGCUGAUUCGGGGAUGUGUGCAUAAUCACAUUUGUUAAAAAUAUAUAUAUAUUACAAUAUUUUCCAUCGUAAGUCUGAGCUAAAAUAAUAAUAAUAAAAAAACAUCCACUUUGUUCAGUUUGACUUCAAAGCUUAAUGUGGCAGAAAGAAAUAAAGAUCAGGCAGACAUCGAGUUCAGAAGUUCACGUCCUCACACACCCCGUCUCCGAGGCGCAGACACACACCAUGCAGCGCUCUCCCUCUCUCUCUCUGUCUGAUACAGAUCAAAGUGAGUCGCCGGCGCUGCGAGGCCAGUCUGUCGACACGUCAACACCAGCACACACACUCACACUCCAACAUGACGAUAUGUUCACUUACCUAAGGACUGUUUGUUUUUCUUCCGUCUCUUCCUCCAUUUCACCCGUGAGUGAUGCGUCCCACUUAGACUGGUUUUAACCCAAAGGUAGCAACUUUUCAGGUUUUUAACUGGUCUCAUUUAAAACAAUUGUAGCAAAUAAAUGCUGAUUUUGUUAGCCUCAAAACUUCUUCUGCAGACUAUAAGUAGUAGUUCGCAAGCAGAAUGGGCUUCACUCAUUAGAUGGACACAUAAUCUGGUAUGGUGGCGCUGAACGCUUUAAAUAAAAACUACUUUGUCCUUUUCUCUGAGAAAAUACCAGCACAGAUUAAGGGUAGUCCUAUGGAUUUGGGGUGUUCCCUCUGAGGAGAUGAGAAGUACUUCUUUAAACUCGUGUUCUUUCCAAAUCCACCUCACCCUGAAUAAUAGACAGAGAACUGGAUCAUGCAAUCCGGUUCCCUCCACUGGGCCAGACUAAUCAGCCCAUGACUAACACCUUGGGUUAGAACGAAACGUUCGUCUUAUAAAACAGGACAAUACAUGGUAUCAGGUUCACAGGAGUGAUGCAACAUGAAAUUUUAACAUGAUUUUUUGGAAAAACUGCAGAUACCAGUUUUUAUUUUUACAAGUAGGGUAAAUCUUUCAGAAAGCCCCCCCCCCCCCCACCAAAAAAAAAAAAAUCUGUGUUUAGUGUAGAAUAAUCCAACGGUUGGCUUGCCCUAGCUUUUAUGUUUGUAUUAUUUUAAAA